CCUGUUCGGUAAUCCAACAACUCUCGCAGACUCUCAAAUCCUCUACAAGAUGCGUUUUAUUAGUGCAAUCUCUCUAUCCUGUCUUUGCCUCGUCGCCACAGUAUCGAUCGGUUAUGGUUAUCCUCAGCAUUUAGCAGAUGAUGUUCAGUCCUACGCCUACACUUUAUUUGAUGAACUUCCGGAGGAAUCGUACCAGGCUACGGCGGAGAACUAUCGUCUGAAACGUGCCACAUGCGACCUACUGAGCGGCUUCGGUGUCAAUGAUAGUGCCUGUGCGUUGCAUUGUGUUGCACGAGGCAAUCGUGGUGGUUAUUGCAACUCGCAAAAGGUCUGCGUAUGCCGGAAUUAGGCUAAGAACCGCUUAAUAUGAAUCAUCAGAAGCGUACACUGAUUUGAAAAGUUCCUAUUUUGUUUUGAUCGUAGUUUUUGUUUUGUAAAAGUUUUAUAAUAAAAUCAAUCCAGUACUAAAAUGUA